AAAAAAAAACCUCCAGAUUGAGAGUUAGCCCUGUCAUCCUCAACAGAGCCAAAAAUAACCGAUUUUUAAACUGCAGAAAAGAAAAUCUAGGUUUUGAUUUUGUUUUCUGGGUGGGGUUUAGAAUAAAUUUUCUGGAGCUUUUGGAACGGUGUGUGGAUAGGUGGUGUUGGUGAUGCUGGUUAGUGAUGAGGCGCCGCUUCACAUUAACAUAUUCACUAAACCUUGUUUCUUUAAUAUACAGUUCAAUCCAUGGUUUGUUUUGAUAGAAGACUGUUGUUCUGGGAAUUGUAAAACACUCCACUUCGAUUUGGGUUCCUGUCAAAAAUGGAGAUUGGGCUUGUGGGUUUGUUAAGGGCUGCUUGGAUAGCUGGGAUUCUGCCUAUAGUUAUAGCUUCCUUGCCUUAUUCUAGGCUUGGUUUAUUUCAUGGACUUGUUUUGGAGUUUGCAAAGAGAGGAAAGAUCAUGCAAUCAUCGCCUUACCAUAAAUUCACUGUUCCUCAAAGAUUCUUCUCUCAUUUCUAUAUGAUGGCUGUGGUCUGGACAACCCUCCUUCUUCUUACUACAUGGAUAUAUGCAUAUAGAACAGCAUCAUUGGUGCCUGAGCCAUACUUUUACUCUAGUAUAUCCAGCUACUUGGCAGGAGGUUCUAACAUCUUUCCAUUUCAUAAAUUGCAUUUGAUUUCUUCAGAGCAUAGAUGCAGCAUUUGGCUUUCUGUGUUUUUGCUGCUAUUAAUGGAAGUUCAAGUCUUAAGACGUCUUUUGGAGACAAUGUAUGUAUUUAACUACAACCCCUCAGCUCGGAUGCACAUUUUCGGCUAUCUUACUGGCUUGUACUUCUACGUAGCAGCACCCUUGUCACUCUGCUGCACUUGUGCACCUGAGAUGUUUAAAUUUGGCACAAAUGAAAUUACUCAGUUUAUUGUUAAAGGCAAGGACACAAUGCAGGCCAUUGAAUUUGAUUGGUAUGACUUUGUGAAUCCGCUUUUGAAGCUUGGAUGGUGCCAGUGGGUUGGUGCUACCAUCUUCUUUUGGGGUUGGAUUCAUCAGCUUCGUUGCCAUGCAAUUCUUGGGUCACUACGAGAACAUGGAAGAGGAAUUGAUGAAUAUGUUAUCCCUUACGGUGAUUGGUUUGAGAUUGUUUCAUCUCCACACUAUCUGGCUGAGAUUAUUAUAUAUGCUGGUAUGGUUGUUGCUAGUGGAGGAGCAGACCUUACCAUUUGGUUCCUUUUUGCAUUUGUGGUAUUAUUCCUUGUUCAUAGUGGCAAAUCUAGUAUUUGCAGCGGCAGAAACACACAGGUGGUAUCUUCGUAAAUUUGACAAUUAUCCAAGCAACCGUCUCGCUAUUAUUCCAUUUAUUUAUUAAUACAUGUAUGUGGGUGUAUAUGUAAUCACACUAGAGUAUGCCAAACAAUGGCUGUUGCAAAUUGUAGA